AUGUCUCCCUCAGCCACACAAUCAGAGGCCGACCUGGCCAUGCACGCCGGCGUCCCCGAAUCCCAACAGACUCCUGCAAAUACCUCCCACACCGCCCUGUUCUCGCUCACCAAGAAGACAGUAGCCAUCACGGGCGGCGGCCGGGGUCUCGGCAUCACGCUCGCCGGCGCCGUGCUCGAAGCCGGCGGCCACGUCGCAUGUCUCGAUAUCCUUCCCGAGCCAGCGGCAGCCGAGUGGGCGGCGCUCCAAAAGACCGCCAAGGCGUCCGGGUUAGGGCUUUCGUACCACCGGGCGGACGUGACGGACGAGGCGGCGCUGGCGGGCGUGUUCGACGAGAUCGACGCCGAGUCGGCCGCGCUCGGCGCGCCCUUCUACGGCUGCAUCGCCUGCGCCGGCAUCCAGCAAAAGGUCACCGCGCUCGAGUACCCGCAGGCCGACUUUGAGCGCAUCCAGCGCGUCAACGUCACCGGCGCGUUCCUCACGGCCAAGCACGCCGCCCGGGUCUUGGUCAAGAAUGGCGUGCGCGGGAGCAUAGUGCUGAUCGCGUCCAUGUCGGGGCAGGUUGCCAACCGGGGCUUAACCUGCACUGCAUACAACACCAGCAAGGCGGCAGUCCAGCAGAUGUGCCGGUCUCUGGCACAAGAAUGGGGCCAUCCAUACGGGAUCCGAGUCAACACUUUAAGUCCCGGCUACAUCCGUACGGCCAUGACGGACGACCUGCUGGCAACGGCGCCCGAGCUGGAGAAGAUCUGGAUGGCUGGCGCGCUGCUGAACCGGCUGGGGGCGCCCGAGGAUUUCAAGGCUCCCGCCAUCUUCUUGCUGAGUCCCGGGAGUUCGUUCAUGACGGGCGCCGACUUGAGGGUAGAUGGAGGACACUGCGCGUCGGCAUAG